UUUAAAUUCUAUAUGUGGGACUCAGAAUUCUAGGAAAUUCAUAGGAAUCCUAGUCGCAGAUGGUGUCGAGAUGAAAGAAAUCAAAAGCAACCCUAGUCGCCACCUUCCCAUUAUUGCCUGAAAGAUCGUAAAACAAGAGUCUUUCCCGGAGUCCUACAGAUCUGAGCAUCAGAUCACCGUGUCGAGUGUGGAGCAUACCUGUCGUCGCGUCCAUCAAUUCCGUCUGCUAUACAUCUAAUCCAGGCUACAACCACUGAUCAUCGUCUCGCUACCGCCGGGGAAAAUUUCCACCACAAACGAAGCCUGUGCGUAUCCCCGUUGCAUCCCGGCGUUCCGAAUCGUGCCAUUUUUGUCUGACUCUCGGUUUCUCACCAGGUUUGGCGUGUCCCUGCAUCACAGCUCUUAAAUAUUUUUGGUCGAUCUCUAGUUUUAAGGAGUAGAUUUAUAAUUCUUUAUUAUUGUAAUUUUUUGUGGGGGUUUGGAAUUUGGAUUAGUUUGAUUCUCCGAAAAGAUAUGUGGUUCUGUCCCUAAAUAUCCUUUUAGUGCCUGCCAAGCAGUUAAAUCUUACGGUGACCAGAAAAUCAAAGCUGGAGUUUUGCCAAUGGAGAAAGCAAAAGAUCCUAGCCUCUUUGUUAAUGAUGGUUCGUUCAUGGAGAGGUUUAAACAGCUUGAGCAAGAGAAGGGUAAUACGGCUAUUGAAUCAAAGGCUUCAAAUGUAAAUUCAAACCUGUCCGGAAGUUCAACUCCCAAGAUUGUUAUUAGUAAAACAAACUUUAUAGUAAAGGGGAAUGAGUCUAGGAAACCCAUCCCUUCUGGUUCCGGUGGAAAACUUGCAUUCAGCCUGAAACAGAAGUCUAAAAUUGUGACACCUCCUGUUAAGCUGGAUGAAGAUGAGGAUGAAGAUGAAAAAGAUGCCGCAAAUCCUUCUGGAGGUGUGGCAGUAAAACGGCCAAAGCUGGAUGAGCCCAUUGUUUCUGUGCAAUCAUCAAAGCAAUCUGUUGUUGGUAAUGAUUAUUUUUUUAAUGAAUACUUGAAUUUUAGCCAAGUAAUCUUAUCCAUUGGGAGGGAUGAAUCGAAUCUGUCUCCAUUAAUAAUGCGCUAAUGGCUUUCCACAACUUUUCAAUUUCUGGAAUUGCGCACCUCAGCCUAACCUUAAACUAUCGUAACUAGAGUAGUAAUAAACUAAUAAGUAAAUCAUCCAAAGAGUGAUUUUUUUGCAAAGGAUUUUUUGGAUUUUUAUAGUUUUGACUCCAAAAAAACCAUUUUUUUAAUAGCAUAAGCUAAUUACUUUAGAUUAAUAUGAGUCUUAAUAACUAAUGCAACUUAAAAGGCCAGUUUUUGAAAAGAGAGUUUCUUGAUUCUUUAUUAUAGUUUUAAUACAGAGAUUGAAACAAGUUGUCGUCUAGAAUUUUUUAGCAGACACUAUAUACUUUUGAUAGAUUAUUACCAUGUUCAAUAAUCAAUACUCAUUCAUUUAGUAUGCAUCAAAAGAAGUCCCUGCCAUAAUGCUGAAAGUGAAAAGUGUUAGUACCUCCGCCCCCAAAUUAUUGCCACUUUGACUGUCCAGGGAGUUUAAGAAAGUGAAUAUUGUGGUCGAGAUUGUUUUAGGAGAGAAAUUUUGUCGUUGUACAAAUAUUGUGAACCAAAUGCUGAUUUGUUUUAAAGGAAAUUAGCAAUAAUUUUGGGACAAAUCCAAAAACAAAGCCCGUUCUUCCCAUUUUCCCAUUGUGUUCGUCCCAAAAUUUUUAUGUAAUACUCCCUCCGCCCCUUCUAACUUUGCCAACUUUCCUUUUUUGGAUGUCCCACUAACUUUGCCACUUUCCAUUUUAAGUAAAGAAUUUGUGGUUCCAAUUCAUUCUCUCUCCUCUGCACAAACCUCAACCACAUAGUUUUUACUUUAUUAUUUCCUGUGCCAGUCAAACUUGUCAAAGUUAUUAGGGAUGGAGGGAGUAUGAUAUAUGGCUUCAUUCGUGUUGUUCAAAAUCACCAAUCCUUUAUGAAUAUAGUAUUUACCAGUCUACCACACUAUUCAACCUCCUUAAUUUGUGUGCCACUUUUCCUUUCCCCAAACAUUAUAGGAUAGAUGAAGUAUUAAGUCAGUCUUUGGUAUCAUAUUGAGAUCAACAGAUUUGGAGGGUUGGUAUAUGAGUAUUUUUAUUGUCGCUUCUAUUACUUGGGUGAUGGUUAUAGGAGAGGGUAAAACAAUUUUGAAUUAUUAGUCUUUUGAAUUUUGUCUGAUGAAUGCAGCUUAUAACUUAAGUCUGACAUCAUUCGUGGGAAAAGAGAUGUCCAAUGAAAGAUUUGGAAAAAAUAAAGUGUGGCACGCUGCUACAAAGUGUAUUUUACACAUACACUUGUUCAUUCAUGCUCAUGGUAAUUAAUCAGUUCUUAAGUAACAUGCAGUAGCAGCACCUCCUCCACCAAGUGAUCCGACAGUGAAGAAAGUUGCAGACAAAUUGGCAAGUUUUGUGGCCAAGAAUGGAAGGCAGUUUGAGAAUGUUACCCGCCAAAAAAAUCCCGGUGACACUCCCUUUAAGUUCUUAUUUGAUGAAAGCUGUCCAGAUUAUAAGUACUAUGAAUAUCGGCUUGGUGAAGAGGAAAAGGCUCUGUCAAAAUACAGAGAUCCUCAAUCUCCUCAAAGUGGUGGCACAAGAUCAUCUACUUCUAAUUCAGGAGGCAGCAGUUCCCGAAGGUCAUAUCAAGAUAAGUCUAAUUAUCAAAUCCCAGCAUCAGCUUUGUAUGAAACAUCAGAUUCUUCCACCAGAAUUUCCGCAGCACCACCAACACCUGGAGAUCCCAUAGCAAUGAUGGAGUAUUACAUGAAGAAGGCCGCCGAUGAAGAGAAAUCGAGGGCUCCAAAGUCAUCAAAAGACGAGAUGCCACCACCCCCUUCCCUACUAGGAUCCACGGCUCCUGGAAAAAAAGGGCAUCACAUGGGAGAUUAUAUACCACCUGAGGAGCUUGCCAAGUUCUUGGCAACAUGCAAUGAUGUGGGCGCACAGAAAGCUGCCAAGGAGCUUGCUGAUCGCUCCAAAAUUCAGGCUGAUAAUAUUGGUCACAAACUUCUAGCUAAAAUGGGAUGGAAGGAAGGUGAAGGUCUGGGAAGUUCUAGAAGCGGGAUUGCAGAUCCGAUUACGGCAGGUGAGGUGAAGUCCAACAACCUUGGUGUUGGUGCUCAUAAUCCUGGGGAAGUCACCCCAGAGGAUGACAUUUAUGAGCAGUACAAGAAGCGGAUGAUGCUCGGCUACCGUCACCGCCCCAAUCCUUUGAACAAUCCUCGGAAGCAAUAUUACUGACUUUUCCUGGAUUGCUCUUAGGGAUUGCCAUGUACCAUCUCGGUAAAUAACUUAUGAGGAGAAAUCCCUUUUGAACUUUGUAUCUCUACAGAUCGAAUCACUUCCUUCCAAAGGAGUGUAUUUAGUGCUGAAAUUUGUACUUUGAUCUCGAUUUCUUUUUUAUUCUUGUUAUUUUCCUGUUUCGUAAAACUGUGUUUGGAUGUUUAUUCGUUCAAACUCUACACAUUUUAAUGUGUAAUCUCCAUAUAAGAUGUUGCAUAUAUCACAAGCCCGCAUCAGGGGCGUAGCUAGGGGGUGGCCAGGCCAUCCCAAAUUUUAAAAAUGUCUAUAUCUUCAUUUUAAUACGUAAAAGGUACGCCUUGCAAGUUGCAACGUUCAUUAUGUUAAAGAUAUUCUUCAUACA